AUGGGUACCAUAAAUAAUUUGAAGGAUGUACACAAUAUAAGUGGAAUUAAUUACACGAAUGAACAUGAUGCAGGGUCUCAUAAUAAUGGGUUCAAUAUGGAGAGAAUAAAAAGGGAAUACAUGCCAAAUAACGAUACAAAUAUGAAAGCAUUCCAUUCGGUAAACUUUGAUAACAACGUUUACACUAAACAAGAUGAUGAAGAAGUGGCUGAGGGGGAUCAAAAGAUGAAGGAAAAAAACUCCUUAUGUCAUUCCGUUGAGAUGGGGAAUAUCAUUAAUGAAGCUGUUAAUGCGAGUGGGAAUGGUGAUAAUAAUCGAAACGGUGCAAAAGUACAGGGUGACAACCCUAGUAGCGACAAUGCCAACGAGAUAAGCUCAUUCUUCAAUUCCAGUAAAUUCAAAAUUAAAAAAAUAAAAGAGACACACAGUAUCAGUGCAGAUUACGAGAAAAAGAAAAAUCUAACAAGCAUUUUGCCAUUUGAUAAGAUCGUAGAAAAAUAUGAAAUUCAAAAUAUGUUUCCACAAAAUAAAGUUCACGAUUUAUAUAAUCAUCAAAAUGUGUAUGAUGAAAAAAUAAAGGGCAAGGAAAAUUAUAACACAAUGAUGUCAUUAAAUGGCUAUAAGGAGAAUACUCUAAUGAACAAAGGGUGCAAUGUGGACCCAUCUAAUGUAUCUCUUCUCAAUGCAUCCAAAGGUAGCAUGUUAAUGCAUGUUAGAAAUCUUCAAUGUAAGGCUAAUAUCAAUUCUAGUAAUGUUGAUAACUCGAAGAAGACAGAGGAAAGACAUAUUUUAAAGGACAUUGGAAAGAUUAGUCAUGACCCUGCCAAUGAUAUGAAUAUUGUAUCGAAUCAUCAAAAUGAUUCCAGUGAUGCAGCUAAAAUGAACAACGUAGUAGUAAAGGAACAAACUAAUCAGAAUUCCAACCACAGGAUUGAGAAAAAUGAGAGUGUGGGAGCCAAAUCUAACAAAUGUGAAGAGAAUGAACAGUGUAAUAAAAACAAUUUAUUCGAAGUAUAUGAUUAUAAAAAGAAUAAAAAAGUUAUAUACUAUUCAGUGAAAAAUCAUUAUGAUCCUAGAAAAGAAAUGAAUAAAAGAGAAAGAGAAAAUUAUUCAACAUAUGGAAGUAAUAUAUACGAAGAUGAUAUUUAUGAUUACUUGCUACACCAAUAUGAAAAAAAUUAUAGUCAGUCAUUUGAGAAUGGAUAUAUGAACAAGUCAUAUUCUCAAAUUGAAAGAAAUGAAUUUUUAUUAAAUCAAAUAAGUAUACAUAGAAAUUCAAUUGAUAUCAAAAGAAAUAGAAAUAAUAGUAUUGCCUAUAACACAGAACAGAAAAUGAAGACAAAUAAAAGUAGCAACACAGAAAUGGACAAUAUGAAACAUAAUAAUAAUAAUAAUAAUAUUCUUCAAUAUAGAGAACCAGGUUAUAAAUGCAACCAAACAGAUAUGGGAAAACCAGAAAAUGUAGAUGGAACCAAAUUGUUCCUUAAGAGUAAGGAUGAUAACUCUGAAAUGAAUAGCGAUGAGGAUAUAACUCCAUUAAAUGGAAGAGAAAUUAAUACGUAUCAAACAAGUAUGGAGAUUUCUAAUUUAUGUGAUAAUGAUAUUAUGGAUUUAUACAAAAGCGUAGGCGAACUUUAUACUCCAAGACCAAAGUUGUUUAUUUGCACUUCUAGGGAUAGUAUAGAUUCAAUAAUUGAUGAAAAGUCCCGUGAAAAUAUAUCCACCCACUUUGGAACAUCGUCCCAUUCUAAUGUUAACCUUCAAAUAAAUAAGGAAUUGAAGAAGAUCUUCAAAAGAAUGAAACACAAAAGUACAGUUGUUAUCAGUAACGUAGGCUUGAAAACAGGAUCAUCCACCUUUUCUAAUUACAUUAUAAACAGAAGUGAUAAGAACAAUUUCCCUGUCGGAUUCUAUGAAGAGAGGAAUACAAUAUAUUCUUACAUAAUGACGAAUAAGAACAAAAUCAAUUACGUUUAUCUGGACUAUAACAAGUUGGCACUGAAUGAAGUUGAUGAGUUCGAGGACAGUGUUAGCAGCAGGGGAAGAAGUGAUAUCAAGAGAAAAAACACCAUUCGAAAUACCACUCGGGGAAAGAGUACGAGCAAAGAGAGAUGUAAUAAUAAAGAAAGGUGCAAUAGUAUAGGAAGAAGCAACUACGAAGAUAUGGAGAACCUGGAUCAAAUAAACAAAUUUGUCACGAUUUCAUUUUAUCUCUCGAAUAUCAUAAUUUUUCACAUUAAUAGCCAGAACUUUUCUAAUGCUUUCGGUUUGUUAGCACAAUAUUACGACAUCGUUAAGCGCAUUAGAGAGAGUAUCAAGAGAAGAAAGGAAAAACAAGAGGAGCGAGAGAAAGGAGUGGAAUCGAAAGGGGGAAUUGAUAGAACCGAAAGCACAAGUCGACAGAGAAAGGGAGACAAUGAAAGCCAAAGCAGUGAAAGUGCGUCGCUCAUGUCAAAAUCAGACAGUGAUGAAAACUCCAGAGAUGAUAAGUUAGUCGAAGAUAAUUUUUGCGUCCCAUAUUUUGUGUUCGUGCUGAGGGAUGUGACCAGAGAGAAAGAAACGGGAUCAGAACAGCUGGAAUCAGCUGAGCCGCAAAAAUUGAAAUCGGCUAAGACAGAAAGGUGGGAAUCAACGGCGACAAAAAAGCUAGAAUCAGCUGGGACGGAGAAGUGGAAGUCGGCCAAAUCGGAAAAUUGGUCACAUAAUUUGUCACAUAAUUUGUCGCAUAAUUUGUCACACAAUUUGUCACACAAUUUGUCACACAAUUUGUCACACAAUUUUUCAGAAAAUCAAUUACGCAAUUAUGACGAAACGCAUGAUCAAGGCGAUAGUCACAACGCACGCGCUCAGCAACACCUGAAUGACUUGAUAGAAAAAAUAGAAAAUCAAGUGGUACAAAAAAAGGUCAAGUGCUUCUUAAAUUUUUUGGCGAAGAAGAGCUUGUUUUAUUUGCCACCCCCAGGAGAGAAGAACAUGAAAGAAUAUGCAACAGAAAUGAGGAAAAUAAAAAAAGAAUUGUUCAUAAAUGGAAAGAGCAUAGAUAAUAUGUACCCCAACAAUGGCAUAUACAUAUACAAAUACGUAAAUAUGUUAAUAUACACAAUAAAUAAUAAUAUAUUUUAUAGUCCAAAUUAUUUAAAAAAACAAAUGGAAUUAUUUGAGUGUAAAAUGCUAUAUAAUGUAUUAACAGAAAAUUUUCUUUUCCAGGUAAGAAAAAAAAUCGAAAACAAAUUGCCAAUAAAGCCAAACUUAUUUCUAACCCUAAUAAAUGAACUAAAAAUAGAAUUUAUGUUAAGUUUUGAAAAUAUGUGCAUAGGAAAUGCAAAUAUGAAAAGAAAAUAUAAAAAUCAGCUAUGUCACAAUAUAGACAUGAUUAUAUUAAAAGCGUAUAAGGAAAAUAUAGCCUACAGCUGUUUUACCUUUUUUAAUAUUAUAGAGAAAAAAAUUAGUAAAUUACAAAUAUAUGAUAAAAUUAGUGAAAGACAGUAUGAACAUUUUGAUCAGCUCAGAAAUGACAUUGACAAUAUAAAUGAUAAAACUAUUGAUAAUCUUAUAUAUAACGAAAUAUUAAGCAUAAAGAAAGAGGAAAUAUUUACCUAUUUUAUCAAAACAUUUUAUAAUGACCUUGCGUCUGAAAGAUGUCUAACGGUCCCACGUGUAUCAAAAGAAAGGGAAAUUCAAUAUGAAUAUGAAAAAGAAUGCCAUAAAAAGACAGGGAAAAAAAAUAAUUAUAAUUCUGAUUCGACCAUAGAUCCUGAUCAGUAUCACGGUACAGUGGAUCGUCAAAGGAGUAGGAGAAGUUUAACCAGUAUGCAUACAAGUAGAUCUUCCUUUCAUUUAGAUCAGGGAAACAAAUGUCGUAAUGAGAAAUCUAUGGACAACAGGGAAAGAGAUUAUUCCUCCAUUUCCUCUGCCUCUUCUCCAUCCCAAACGUCAUAUCCAAAUAACAGCGUAGAAAAAGGAGUAAAAAGAAAAGAACAUAAAUCGUUUGAUCCAUGGAAUAAAGAAAGACAUUCCGCGAAUACAGAUACAGAUGAGAGCUAUCAUCAUUACACUGGGCACACUUAUCAAAAAGAGAAAUCAAAAGAUGUCAGUUGCCGUGGAAAAAUAAAGGAGCAUCAUGGUGACAAUUGCCACGAUGAUAACAAUGAAGAGAAGACAAAGAAAUACUCCAAGAAAUGUCUUAAAAAAUAUAAAUCUGAUGCAUCAUUGCAAAAGGGACAAAGGACAAAAAUUCUCACACAGCACGAAGAAAAUAAUAUCUCCAAAAAAUAUCACAGUGUUGAUUAUAGGAAUGCAUUUCAUGAAGGAAUUUAUAAAAGCGAGGGAAGGAUGUCCAAUAAGAUCGAAUUAAGAAAACCUAGUGGGAUAUUGGCAACUGAAGAGGAGGAAAACUCGGCAUAUUUUAAUAAAACAAACGAAUCCCCUCCUGUAGAAAAAAUGAAAGGUAAGAAAAAUAAUGGGAAAAAAAAGAUAAGUUUUACAGAUGAGAAAAUAUUUAGUAUGAAUCAAAAUGGGGAACAAUUAGAUAUGGAUGAAGAUGACAAGGACAGUAACAUAACUUUUAUCAAAAAAAAAUCUUCAAAUACUUUACAGGGAAGCCAUGAGAAAAUACAAUUUAUUGAAAAGGUGCAAGUUGAAGAUAAUAAAGUAAGUAAUUCGAACGAUACCAAGAAAAAAAAAAAAAGCACUUGUUUGCCUAGGGUCAAAUCAGGGAAGUAG